AUGAACACCAACCCGUCCCACGGACCUUACCAUUACCGCUCACCAUCGAAGAUAUUCUGGCGCACUGUGCGCGGAAUGCUGCCACACAAGAUGUAUCGCGGCAAGGAAGCUCUCAGCAAGCUUCACGUUUAUGAGGGUAUUCCUCCUCCUUAUGACAAGAAAAAGCGUGUCGUGGUCCCUUCUGCCCUACGAGUCCUCCGCCUUAAGCAGCGAAGGAAGUUCUGUGUCCUUUCUCGUCUCUCCCACGAAGUUGGCUGGAAGUACCAGAACGUGAUUGAGAAAAUGGAGGGCCGACGGAAGGCUAAGGCCGAUGUAUGGUAUAAGAAGAAGAAGGUGGACGCCGUCCCAGAUCAGGCUGCUCGUGGACAGGCCAAGGCUGCUAUUGCCCCCUACAAGGCCAUCCUGAAGAAGUAUGGUUAUUAG